AUGCAGGAGUUGAAUCUCGGUGGUAGUGUCUUCAUACACCGCCGCUCAGAUGUUCGACUUUACACCGACACGACAGUGCAUGUCUCAGGCCAGGUCUCUUCCCCGUCACCAAAUGAUCUGCUUCCAUGGUGCCCGCGAUCCAAGCGUCUGCUUUGUCUUUUCCGGAUCUCCUUUGCUCUUGAUUUGAACUUAACGCUCAUCACAUCAAGUCGCAAGAGUUUCGGCAGAUUUAUUGCUGACUGGGUUGCUGAAGCUGAGCUGUGGGACCAACUUGGCUACGAUGCCUCCCCUGUGCGUUAUGACAGCGAUCAGAGUGUGGCCUCUUCCAGGGCGCUGAGCUUCCAACUCGAGUUGAAGUCCCUGAAUGACGAUGGCCAAUCCGCCACCUGUCCGGAGACGAUUCCAGCUAUAUCCAUCAAGGAAAUUCAAAUAGCACUGCAUUUUACCCAUCAGGACAGUGCAGAGGCGCUUCCACAAACUCAAAUACCAAACUCCGAAACCGGUCAUAGAUCCCAGUCUAAGCGGCAUUCCUCGGUUCCCCAGGAUUUCGAGCUAAGAAUGCUUUCUUCCGGUAAGCCAGACCAUGAAACGAAAUGUCGAAUUCCUCAAGUCGAUCGUCGGCCUGCUGAUCCUGAGCCUGUGGCUGCGUUUGAUAGCGUGGGCCCACGGGAGAAGUCGCCAUCCACCUCGUUAUUGGAUGGAGAAGCUUUUCUGAUGCUGCUCGAUAUGGGUAUCCGUAACAGCAUCUCUUCGCGGCCAGUCAGACCUUCAGCAGGUUUUACACGUGCCACUGAGCUGGAGUCAAUUCCAUUGGCCGUCAUCUCCCCGCCUUGCUUUACCCAUCAGUAUGCUCAACUGUUUGAUGAUCAGUGUCCCUUCAUUCCAGCCAUCACUAGAUGGUUAGCCGCCUUCUCUCUGCAGCGCAGUGGUGCUGAUGAUGGCGAGGUCGGCGCCAACCUACACAAGAGUCUUUGGCUAACCCUUGCUCGGGGACUUCGGGACCGCAACGGUGAGCGUGCUCUACGUUCGCUAUGGUCAUCCCGGGCAUACAAUGACUUUGUACACGACUCGGGCGGUCAAGAUACGCAAGGUUGCGCUCUGAUGUUGCAAGAUGAUACAUCACGUAGCAACGAUCCAGAGUAUUUAGGCUACGAGGACAACACAGCUGGAGACCUCUUGGAUGUUGAGGCAACAGUCGACCAACCGGCUAAUUACUGUGCAAGUUACAACCGUGAAGUCACGUCACAAGUCGUCAACAGUCAGGAGUGUGUAGCGGUGUCGGAAUCCGUUGAGACCUGGAAGUACAAGAACAUGGCCAUUGAUGCUCACGGAGCCUCUUGCCAUUGCGGUCACUCAGGCAUGCCCCGCCCCCGUAGGCACAGUACAGGUAACACGUCGCAGAUGAGUGAUGUUUCGAUGCUUACAGCAUUCCAUGAACCUAUGACAGACGAGUUCGUAGCCCAAGAGUCAGACUCUAUUGGUGGGACUGAUUGGCUUACUCAGAAUGUCAUCCGCAUGCAUCCGCUGAUGCAGCACGAGCAGGACCUCUUUUUGGUCGAGGGGGUUGAGUCUCAUGGAAAAUGGCGUCGGCUAAAUGAGGCAGACCACCACGCAUGGUCCGAAGGAGAACCCUGCGGUCUGACCUUCGGCAAGCAGGACGAGUGUCUUCGUCCAUAUACAUGGUGCCAACAAACCUGCUUCGAAUCUCAAACAGCUCUACAUCCAGGAUAUCACGACUCAGAACACAAUCCGAGCGACAGCACUCCCAGCCAAGAAUCGAUAGAAUCCAUGUCUGGUGAUCUAAGACAGAGCUCUUCAAAUACGUCGCUAGCCGAAGCACUUGGAGGCGAGCACCUUCUGUGGCACAUGUGGAAGAGAAGGCCCAGUGUCGCUCCACGGGGAGAGGAGGACGUGCUCGAGAUGAAGAUGAUGUACGAAACAGACCCAGAUAUGAAACUCUUCAGUACUGGAUGGACCUUUGAUUCAAGCCCAAGCAAUACUGGCCACAACGAUGCUUUUAUGUUAGAUGAAGCGGCCAAUGGUCUCCGCCAAUCACAGGGACAGCGCAAUGAACCAAUGCACCCAGUGGCGGACAAACGAUCAUAUUCCUCGAGCUCUGAUUCAUCCUCAUCCUCCUCAUCCUCGUCAUACGUUGGACGGACAACCUCAGAGCCCAAACCGCAACGUCGAGGGAGCUAUAUCAAGCGAUUUUCGUGGGGAGGGAGAAGCCAUGCAUCAGACGCGAGCAGACUGGAAAUGACAAAGCUGAAUGACCGAACAAUGGAAGUCAAGAGACGCAAGACAUUGGACGACUAUGAGUCGAUGGAGAAGGCAGCUUUGGACGAUGAUUCCAGUGAUAUGCUCUUUUGA